ACCGACAGGUCGAUCUUACCCAGAAAUCCUUUCCCUCUCGUCACUUUCCCACCACCUACACUUACGCCUCUCACUCGACUUCAGGACUCGACUCAACUCGACUCGACGUCUGGCGGCCGACUGUUGAGCUGUGAAUUUAUCCAUAUCGCCCAAAUUACAGCAGAUCAGAUACAAUGAAAACAUCGAUACCGUCGGACGUGUGGGAGAAGAAGAAGGCGCUGAUCGCUCGUUUGUAUAAAGAUGAGGAAUGGCCGCUGAAGCAGGUGAUUAAGCAAAUACGCACUGAAGAUUUCAAUCCUAGCGAGACACAACUACGGAGUCGUCUGAAGAAAUGGCGAGUUACCAAACCGUCCCGUCAGAUCCGGAAGAAACCCGCCGGCGAGCAGGGAAAUAACAAUGAUGAAGAGGACGAAGAGGAUCCGUCGGAAGAAAUGUCGCCGAUGGAGAGGAGGAAUAAUAAGAGUGACAUGAAGAAGAAUACCCCAACCACGUCCGCAGCUAUGGCAAUCCCUACUCCACCACAAUCGCAACAUUCUCAAAGUGACAACCUCGCAAUCACCCGCGAAUGGUAUCCUACGGAUGUCUGGGUUCAGUCGCAACAGGAACAACAACAUAUUCCCCCGCAACAGACCGUGGUGGUCACACAACCAGAGGCUGUCGCUACACAGGCUUGGACAGCAUCGAUUCCGUCACCUAGCCCAAUCACCGCUACUACACCAGAACGACAUCCGUCUCAUGGCGCGGUCAGUACUCCUGCAGUCACGCAGUAUGCUACCCAUGGUCUUUCUGCCUACGAUCUCCCUCAUCCACAGCCACAGCAGCCGUCACCAACAAAUAGCAUUCCUCCUCCGCAAACGACCCAUGUCUUGUCACCAGCCUACGUUUCUCCGAUUUCUCCGACUUAUGCCAUGGCCCCUAUCUCAUACCCACAACCCGCACCGCCGACAGCAACGCACUGGCCUACAGGCAACGAUUAUAUCGAACCAGAUUCCAAUCCGGCCGCAGCAAUGACCAUGCAGCCAUCCAGCUGGUACACAGCUAUGUACGAUGCAGCGAAUACUACCGCCGUUACUGCAAAUGCAGCCUACUACCAGCGUGCCGUGAAUCCCGCUGCUCCCGUUGCCGGAUACAAUCCCGUUAUGCAACAUAUGCCUUCUCCGCAGGAAAUGGCUACGUCGUACCAAGUUCAAGCACAUGCACACGCACAGGCGCAAGCACGACCCAUGACAGCACCCGGUUACCAUGGCUAUGACGAGGGUGUAUCUGUACGACCUUGGCGACGGGCAACGGCAUCGCACUACACACCCGAGUAUGUUCCGGGUGUUGUGCGAGUUGAUCGACAGGGUCGACAACGCAAGCCUUUACCGGAUCGAAAAAAGGAAUCUGUGACGGAACAAAUGGAUAUCAUGGCCGCUCAACAGCAGCAGCAACAAAAACAACAACACCAACAGCGCGAACUAGAACAUUUGCAAUCAAUGCAGCAGUCAAUGCACACUGCAAUUCAACCUGUGUAUCAGCAUCCACAUCACCCACAACAACACCCGCACUACAUCGCUGCAGGCCACUCAAUGAUUCCUCAGGAUAUGUACGCUUAUGCCGGUCAUGAGCACAUAUUACAGCGGCCUAUGGGUCAUUGAGGCAAUUGCCUCGAUCCUUGUGUAGCAUAUAAUUAUCUGGAGUCCGUCAUUUGGCAUGCAUUGUUGGCGUUGGUGGUCGUGAUGUCGUUUGAUUAUGGUAUACCGGUCAAGCUUGGCUCUUAUCAUUAUCAAUUCACAUAUUGUGUUAUAUCGAAUAUAUAUGUAUAUACCCUUGCGACUCUGUUUUCAGCUGAGCGAUCACCAGGAGUUCCUAUCUGUUUCUCUACUUCUGGGUGUAUGUUUCCGGUGGCACGUGUUUUUCAUCUGUCUCAUAUGUUUGUUUUUCUAUCUCCUAUCAUACUUCAAAAAUUGGGAGGUCUCAUGAAAAUGGAAAGGAACAACGGCGUUCGUUAAUGGAUGAAAACUUGUAUUUAUCCUGUGAUAUGAAUGAUAUGGAACACGCAAGAUUCAGACGG